UUUCUUGGACAUAUUUAUUUGUUAUGCUUUCUUAACCUUGGUAUCUAAAUUAAGUACUACUUGGUACAAAUUAGUGAUAUGGUACACAAUCACAAUGUGUUCACAUUUGCCCUUUUAUCUUUUCUCUGUACAAUUUCACACUCCAUUAAAGUACCUUUGAGUCCCCACCAAAAACAAUUACACUAAUAGUUGUAAUUAUUAUAAAAUAGGAGGACUAAAAUGCAAUAUUAAACUCUCACGAUGAGUCGCGCCUACUUAAACCCCAAACACUCAAAAAGCCAAACCAGUUCUAACUAACAAAAACUCUCUUAACCAAAAAAAAAAAAAUGGAAAUUCAACGCUCAAAUCUACUCUCCAUUUUCUUCAUCCUCACUCUCCGAUUAAUCCUAGCCGUUGAUGCCGAAUACUACUACAACAACAACGCUAAUAACGAAACCAACGGCUCAGAUUUCAUCCGUACAAGUUGCGGAACAACUCUCUACCCAGACCUCUGUUUCUCCUCCCUCUCACGCUACGCCGCCGUAGUCGGAAAAGACCCGGCUCACCUCGCACGCGCCGCCGUAUCACUAAGCCUUUCCAAGACAAAACACAUGGCGGCUUACGUUUCCAACGUCACGCGCUUAGCCGACUACGGCUCCGGCGCCACAGCCGGGAACCCCCGCGCCGCCGCCGCACUUCACGACUGUUACUCAAACUUCGACGACGCCGUAGACGAGAUCCGCGGCUCUCUCCGUCAGAUGAGACACAUCAAUGUCGUCGGAGCCGUGGCCGGCGGCGAGGUUUUCAGGUUUCAGAUGAGUAACGUUCAGACAUGGAUGAGCGCCGCCCUAACCGACCAGGAGACUUGUACGGAUGGAUUCGAAGACGUUAGCGAUUGUCCGGUGAAAGCUGACGUCAUCGACCGAGCUACGGAGGUUAAAAAGCAUACCAGUAAUGCCCUCGCUCUCGUUAACCGUUACGCCGAGAAUUCCGUUCCUUGAUAUAUAUACAGUUUUAUUGGGGUACGACGUCGUUUUUGGUUACUGAACAGGUACUAAUAUAUUUGUAGAGGUUUUAGAAACACUGUCGUUUUGUAUGAUAAUGUUGUCGUUUUUGUGUUUAUUUCUUCAUAUAUGUACACGACAGAGUAAGUUAUCUGUCUAUGGAUAAUUUAACAUAUGAAUGAGUUGAGUGAGAAUUUUUCUUAUUUUUGUAAAUUAUUUAAGCUUUGAAAUGGUUUUUUUUUUUUGAUGAUGAAUCCGAGUUGACUCAGUUCAGUUCGAUACUGAAUUACGAGUUCCGAGUUCAAUGUGGACCUAAUAUAUAUAUAUUUUUCUGUCGCUUUAUGUAAUUUUUGCCCGUGAAAUUUAAAUGUUGUCUGCUGUUGUUUAGGAAA